AUGAGUGAUUGGAUGGUUCAAUUAUACGGGGAUGUGUAUACACUAACAAAUAAUCCAAAAUAUCCUGUCCCUUCAUUAGAAGAUUUUAUGGAAUUUAAAAAGAUACUUGAUGAUGAUGAGGGAUGGAAAGUGAAACAAGACAAAAAUGGAACGAAAGUGUUAUUUAGAGAUGCAGAAAAUGAAGAAAUCCUUCAAGUCAAAUUAAAAACUAUGGCACUACAUGAUAUUCCUGCUGAAGUACUUCAUGAUGUUGUACAAGAUCCAGCAUAUAGAACAGAAUGGGAUACAUCUAUGAAAUCAGAAAGAUUAAUUGAACAAAUUGAUGAAAAUACUGAAAUAGGAUAUUAUAGUGUUAAAAUGCCAUUCACUAUAAAGAACCGUGAUUGGGUCAACAUGAGGUCUUGGUGGUUUAAUGAAGACAAAUCAUUAUUUAUUAUUAUUAACCAUUCAGUUGAACAUGAAAAAGCACCAGUUGAAAAAGAUUUUAUUCGUGCAAAGAGUCUUAAAACUGGUUAUAUAAUAGAAAAAACUCCAGAUGGUACUAAAUUAAGUUUCUUUAGUUGGAAUGCUUGGAAUGGAUGGAUCCCUCAUUGGUGUGUAAAUAAAGCAACAAAAACAAUGGUAGCUGAUUGUGUAGAAGAUUUAAGAAAGGCUUCUGCUAAAUACCCUGAGUGGAAAAAAGCUAAUCACCCUGAAGAAAAAUAUUGGAUGAAAGAAGGUAGAGUCAUUCUUGAAUCAAAAAAAAAGUUAGAAGAGUAA